AUGGGGACCUGGAUCUUGUUUGCCUGCCUCCUGGGAGCAGCCUUCGCUAUGCCUCUACCACCUCAUCCUGGGCACCCUGGUUAUAUCAACUUCAGCUAUGAGGUGCUUACUCCUCUGAAGUGGUACCAGAGCAUGAUAAGGCAGCCGUACACUUCCUAUGGUUACGAACCCAUGGGUGGAUGGCUGCACCACCAAAUCAUUCCCGUGCUGUCCCAGCAGAAUCCCCCGAAUCACGCCCUACAGCCUCAUCACCACAUCCCCAUGGUGCCAGCUCAGCAGCCCGUGGCCCCCCAGCAGCCAAUGAUGCCAGUUCCUGGCCAACACUCCAUGACUCCAACCCAACACCACCAGCCAAACCUCCUUCCGCCCGCCCAGCAGCCCUUCCAGCCCCAGACCGUCCAGCCGCAGCCUCACCAGCCCAUCCAGCCCAUCCAGCCCAUCCAGCCCAUCCAGCCCAUCCAGCCCCAGCCACCCGUGCACCCCAUCCAACCCCUGCCACCACAGCCACCUCUGCCUCCGCUGUUCCCCAUGCAGCCCCUGCCCCCAAUGCUUCCUGACCUGCCUCUGGAAGCUUGGCCAGCAACAGACAAGACCAAGCGGGAGGAAGUGAUUCAGAGGGAAAUGCACACCCUCUUUCUAAGGAAACUGGCUGCACCCCAACGCACCGGGCAGCAUUUUUCCUGCGAGUCCACUCGCCACUCGCUUGGAUCACGAAACGGCUCUACCUUCCAGCCCGCUCUGUUCCCGUUCUUGCAGCCUAUCUGCCCAAAGGCUCAGUGGGCCAACCUGGGCCCAGCCCUGGGAGCCCCAUUUCUCAGCCUUGACCAGAGAGGCUGUAGCAAGGUUCAGCCCCUGGCCCCGGACGCAGCGGCCACCGCGGGCUCCGGGGGUACGGGCUCCCCUUCUAAGAGGCAGCUGAGUUUCCGAGCAGCUGACAGUGGGGUGGGGGGUGACGCACGCAGCACCCUCCACUCCACCCCACACCACCGAAAACCUCUGGGGAGCCACGGAUCCCACCAUAAAUGA